AAUGAUCAAUCAAAUAGAUAAAUAAAUAAAUGGUCCAACAUUGAAAAAAGAAAUAUAAUUUAAUAAUUACCUAAUUUGUUUAUUUAUAUAUAUAUAUAUAGUAAAAUUAUAUUAAAAAUAAAUAAAAAAAAAUGAGUGAUAUGCUGUUGAUUGUAUCAUUUUUAAGUCCAUUAUUAAUUUUCAUAAGAAUUUUAGUGACAUUAUUGAGAAAUAAAAAUUCAAGAAAAAAAAGUAUUUGUAUUGUUGUUUUGGGAGAUCUUGGAAGAAGUCCACGUAUGCAAUAUCAUGCCAAGUCAUUUUUAAAUGAAGGAUAUCAUAUUGAUCUGGUUGCUUAUCCUGGCUCUGAUCCUCUCAGUACAUUGGUCAAAAAUUCAUUUGUCAAAAUUCAUUAUCUCAAGCCUACACCACUUUUUAAUAAUAUUGCAUUACCAAAAUUGUUGAUAUAUGUUUGGAAGACAAUUUGGCAGAGUAUAAAUUUAUUAUGGAUUUUAUUGAUAAACAUACGUUCAUCAAGUUUGAUGCUUCAAAAUCCACCAGCCAUUCCAUCAUUACCAGUAUGCUGGUUAUUUUGUAGAUUAUCAUCAACUGAAUUUAUCAUUGAUUGGCACAAUUAUGCUUAUUCAAUAAUGGCACUUUCUCUAAGUCCAAAUCAUCCACUUGUUAAAAUAACGAAAUUCAUUGAAUCAUAUUUUGGUAAAAAAGCAGACAAGAAUUUUUGUGUUACAUUGGCCAUGAAAAAUGAUUUAAAUGAUAAAUGGACAAUCAAUGCAAAUGUACUUUAUGAUAGACCACCAAAAAUUUUUAAACCAAUUGAUUUAGAGGAGAAACAUGCAAUCAUGAUGAAAUUAAGUAAAAAAUAUCAAGAAUUUAGUGUUAAUGAGGAUGAUGCUUGUAUUUUUACUGAAAAAUUAUCAAAUGGUGAAAUUAAAUUAAAAGAAAAUAGACCAGGAUUUAUUGUUUCAAGUACCAGUUGGACUGAAGAUGAAGAUUUUUCAAUACUUUUUGAUGCCCUAAAUGAAUAUGAAUCAUGUUGUUCCAAUGAAAACUUAAAUUAUCCUGAUUUAAUAUGUGUUAUAACUGGUAAAGGUCCACUAAAAGAUUUUUGGAAUAAAUUAAUCAAUGAAAAAAUUAAAAGAAAAGAAUGGCAACACAUAAAAGUUGUAACACCAUGGCUUGAAAAUCAAGAUUAUCCAAAAUUGUUGGCAAGUGCUGAUUUAGGUGUUUGUCUUCAUAAAUCAUCAAGUGGUCUUGAUUUGCCAAUGAAAGUUGUUGAUAUGUUUGGUUGUGGUUUGCCAGUUUGUGCCUACAAUUUCAAAUGUCUUGAUGAGCUCGUUAAACACAAUGAAAAUGGUUUUCAUUUUACAAAUAAACAACAACUAUGCCAACAGUUAAAAACCUGGUUUAUAAAUUUUCCAAAUAAUCAACAACAAAUUGAAUUGAAUAAAAAAUUUAAAGAUGAAUUAAAUAAAUUUCAAGAACUCAGAUGGCACGGUAAUUGGUCAUCAGUUGUAUUGCCCUGUUUUAAUAAUUAAAA